AUGGCGGAGCAUCGAAAUGACCUCUUUGACCUACCCCGAUCGCUAGCAAAUCUGGAAGCCAAGGUUCAAGAACUUGCACAAGAAUUAGGCAAUGCCGAAUUGGCUAAUGCUCAGCGAGGGGGAGGCAGGUAUUCUAUUAUCAUUAUUGACUUUGGUGAGGUGAAACCGCUUCCAGAUGAUCAAAUGAAGGCCAUUAUGACUGUACAGGUAUCAAUGGGAUUCCUCUAUGAGGCGAAGUAUGAUGUUAUCCAACAGAGAGCUAAUGCUGCCAUCCGGACAGUACAUCUGACCAAUCUCUGGCGUACUUCAGGUGCCACACAGCAACCACGAAAUGAGCAGCUGCGGAAGAAGAAAGCUGCUCUCCUGAAAACAAAAACUGACACUUACUUGAGACAUGCACGGAAAUACAAUGAGAAAUUCCAACCAGCACAUCGGCUACUUGAACCAACAUAUGACGAGGUGGUGAACAUGGACAUUCUAGAUCCGUUUUGGGAUGAGGCUGCACUCAAUCAUCCAGAUGAGGCAUGGUCUAGUUGUCAGAGCACUAAGGAAGGAAUUAUUGCCUUUCAAAGUGAAAGAUCAUGUAAGGAGGAGUUGCGUCAAUUGGGGCGCGAGGUCCGCCAACUCAUGCUAUGGGGUCUGGACUAUCAAGCACGUGUUGAUGCUUCAAAGCCAAACAUUGCCAUUGGUGAAGGACGUAUGGUAGAGUGGAAUUCCAUCUAUAAAGGACUGAGUAGAAUAUCGUGCCGUCUAUGGCAGCGAUGGUCUCGUGGUUUAUCUGAGGUCAUGCAUUCUACAUCACAAUAUGUGGAGCAAAGUGCCAAUAUAGAUCAAAACCUGAUGACCCAAUGGGAGGAGAUGGUUGCACGCACCUCAAUUACAUUUGCGGAGAUCAUAGGUGUACCCAUGUUCAUUGCACAUGAAGAUGGUGAGGAUGAUCUACCUGAGAUUGAAGAAGAGGAGGAGCCAGAUCUGGCGGGAGAUUUCUUUGGAUUGUUCAUCUCAUGA